AUGACCACAGCUCUUAACCGCGGUCGUGCGACGCGUCUCGACGCUCGGGACGUCGAGCACACGAACGAAACGGGCGAGAAACGAGAGUUUGAUGAUUUUCAGGAAAAACAUCCCGACGACCGCGUGGACCUCGCCGUCGAGCUCGACGCGAUCGCAUCGCGCGCGGAGAGUAGAGCGCGCGAGUUAUACGCGUUGGCGAACUCUCGACGGGCGCGCAUGGUGGAAUCGGGGAAAGCGUACGCGAGUGCCGGCGACGUGGAGCGCGCGUUGAGAGCGGCGAAGGAAGCGGCGGCGACGUACGGCGACGCGGACGACGAUUGCGACGGUAAGAUUGCGAUUCAGGAGUGUGUGGAGGCGUGUGAAAAGUGGCUCAAGGCAUCGGCGGCUUUGAACGCAGGCGUGCGCGCGGCGAAGACGGCUUCGAGGCGGAGGCGAGCGGCGGAGGCGAGCGCGGAGUGCGCUCGAGCGCUCGAGCGCGGGGAUUUGAAGAGCGCGGCGCACGCGGCGUCGACGGGAUUGGUGAUCCUGAGAGAGCGUGAUGGUGAAAACGAUGAUACAACUGAGGCGGAUUCAGUGGCGUAUGACGACGCACGGAGCGCAGUGCGGGCGUUUCGUGCGCACGUGGACGCCGAGUUGGCAAGUUCCAUCGUGACGACGACGAGCCGCUUGACCAUCGACGACGAGCGAUUGGCGCGCGCGUGCGAACACUUGUCGAUCGUCAGUCCCGAUGAAACACGCGAGCGCUUCGUCGAGGCUUCCAAGACGAUCGCUGGAGGCUUUUUAGAGCCGAUGAUUCAACUGGGCGUCGCGAACGAGCUCACGAUUGUCGAGGGUGGCGGCGCGCUGCGGUACGACACGAAACCUCGCAUUGAGGGGGGCGGUAAAGACGAUCUGUUCGAUGCACAAACAUGUUUAGAAGAUAGCUUGCGUUGGAUCAGGGGUAAGAUCCCCUCGGAUGACGUCGCAAAGGCGAUCGGUGUCAACUGCUGGGACGACGUUGCCCAAGCGUGCGUCUCCGCAUGGCUCGGGAACCAUCCGAGCGAACGCACGAUCGAUCGAACAUGCGCGGUCGAGGUCGUGGCUGCGAGCUGUGGUUUCGUUCCACCGCCAUCGGACGGAGCGACAGCGUACCCGGGCGGCGCUUUAGGACCUCUUGAAUCCAAGGCGCUCGCAACGGAGAUGCGAGAGGCGGAGAAACGGCGCGCAGCGGUGCUCGCGCGCGCGCGUGAGCUCGCUCUGAACGAUGAUCCAACGAUGGUUCGCACGGCGGGUGAGGCUGGUGCGCGUGGAGUUGGACUCGGCACGGGCGAAGAGACCGCCACGUCCACAGGUUCGUCGCUCCUUGACGGAGCGCCGCGAACGGUGAGCAAGGCGGCAGAUUUAUUAGCGGAGCACGUCGACGAGGUCUUAAGAUCCGCCGCCAAUCUCGAUCCCAACGCCCAUCGUGCGGCGACGAAUUUGGCGUCCACGUCCGCGGAUUGCUUGGAUUUGUUUCGCGCCUGCGUCGUCUCCGAUCGCGCCGAGCAGCUCAACUCUAUUCACACCGCGGCGCUGGUGUUUUACAACGACUGCCAUCACCUGGCGAAUCGAUACAGUGCGAGCGUGUACGCGCGUGGGGCGGUGAUGGAGCAACGGAUCGGGCGCCCACUCGCACUUCUCUGGGUGGUCGAGCCCUUGCGAGCGCUUGGUGAUGCCACUCGGAACGCGGCGAACGAGCGAGCGAUGGCCGAACUCCACGCCGCGCUCGAUGUCGCGGGAGGAUUUUUGCGCUCAGCCGAGGUUAAGGCGAAGCGAAACAUCGAUAAAUCCAUCGCGCGCGCGCGAAACGUGAUUCAACGCGCCGGAACGACGAGCAUGUACAUCUUGCCCGCACCCACGGGCGUGCGAGACGCCGCGGAGUUGGCGUCGCACUACGCGCGUCGAAUCAUCCUAGAAAUCCUCUCCAUGGACGACAUCUCCGUCGAGGAAUCGGAGGCGUUAACGGAGAUUAUCGCCGCCGCGUUUGCAAGUGAGGGUUUGGUCGGGACGAAAGGCGACGACGACGCCGUUCGCGCGCUCGUGCGAGAGGUCGGAUCGGAUUGGGGAAAGGCGCGAGAGUUGGGUACGAUGCUCUCGGCGCCGCUGCGCGACAUCGCCGCGGCGUGGGAACGAGGUCGUCUGCGCGAACUCGGAUUCACGGUGAGCGAGAUCCGUGGUUUCAUCGCGGCUCUAUUUAGCGAGACCCCGCUUCGCGCCGAGUGCUUGGCGAAGAUCAUCUAG